CCAGCGCAGACCCGUAUUGCUGAUAUGUUGAAGAUGAAGCAAAGUGCCAACCUGCUGAUGCUGCCGCUGCUGCUGCUGGCUGCGGCGGCUUGUGUCGGCGUGAACGCCAAAGCCUUGCGGCCGCGUCGCGAUGUCUCACAUCUGCCGCUGGAGUACCUGCCACCUGUGGUGCUGCCACCGCUGCCCAGUCGCAAUUAUUUGCCGCCCGUGGAACAGCAUGCGGCCACACUGUCGCAUGUCUUGACGCCGCCGCGUGAGUACUUGCCACCCAGCAACGAGUACCUGCCACCAGUUGAGACAACAAUCGAACCGGAAACAACUACAACAACAACGACAGCUGCGCCCACAACAACAACAGCAGCCAGCGAGCUGCCCACAACGGAGGCAGCGGCCAUCACGACCACGGAGCAGCCAACUGUGGAGGAGACGGAGGCGCCAACCCACGAGGAUAUCAUUGAGGACAUAGUGGAGCCUGCUGGCUCGCUGCAGGCCGAUGGCUAUCACUAUGCCACGCCCAAUGUCAUACCCGAUCUGACGCCCACCGUCGAGGCCUAUCUGCCGCCGCUGGAGCACAAUGCGGUGGCCGUCGAGCCGGUGCCGCAGAGCGAGGAGGAGUCUGCGGCGCUGCUGGAUGAUGGCUAUCAUUAUCGUGCGAUCAGGCGACUAAGGUUCUAAGUAUAUACAUAUAUGUAUAUAUAAUAUGUAUGUAUAUUAACCCGCAAUUGUUAUAUGUUAUAUGUGCGAAUUCGGUUAACUUGCAAUAAAAGGAAU